AUGAAUAUCGACAGCGAUCAACCGAGACAGACAGAAGUACUCGAAGUUGAACUUAAAAUUCGCUAUUUUAUCUACCUUGUAUUGGGCGCUGUGACUUGUAUUUCAAGCUCCAUAUGCCUCAUUGUGUUCCUGUCAACGAAUGAGUUACGGAAGAAAUACGUCAUGUUUUCUGCAUUGUCCGUGGGCGACUUUCUGAACGGUCUCUCAUUCGUAUUGGCUGGGAUGUUUCGUGAAAUGGCUUUGUUUCAAGGAGUAUACUUCGACAAAAUGACCAACAGAGGAUGCCUACUUCAAACUCCAUGGAAUAUUUUGAUGAUUAUCGCUGGGCAAGUUCCGGCGCUGCUGCAUAUUUUCGUGGCUUUCGACAGGGUAGCCGCACUUCAGUUCGUGACUAUUUACAGAAAAGAACUGCUGAUAUUUCAAAAGAAGACUUACAUCACACUCACAAUCGUUCUAACAUCGACUCCAACCGCUCGUGAGAUACGCCGACAGCGUAUGAUUCUAUCAUUGGACUUGCUCUCCGUAUUUCUUGUCUCAAUUCCGAAUUUCGCGAUUAUCCUAAACGGAUGGAAAAUUCCGAAAUUCCACCCCUUUGCACUUGAUCAUGGGUAUAAACUAAGAGACGCUCUCAGAAACGCGUCGAGUUCGUGUCGCACAUCUGAUGGCAGUUGUGCGACCAAGUCCGUGGAUCGCCCGAAACCGGCUGACCGGUCGACAGCUGGUAAUCCACACCAAACGUUCUCGCGUGAAGGACCACAGAUCCACAUGGGCGACUGUGGUCCAGGACGUGCAAGGAGGAGCUUCCAGAGGACGGAGCCGAGCGACCGCCGAAGAUAG